AUGAAGGACAUUGUCAUCGCCGACCAGUACCGCCUUGAUCACAAGAUUGGCGCGGGAGGCUUUGGCCUUGUGUAUUCCGCCCGAGGUGCUCCGGGGAGAGAAGGGACAUACGAGGCGCUGGGGGGCGGGAUUGGAAUCCCCCGAGUACGGUGGUUUGGGCAGGAGUGCGAUUUCUAUGCACUCAUUAUUGAUGCCCUGGGCCCGUCGCUCGAAGACCUCUUCGACUACUGCGACCGAAGGUUCUCGCUCAAGACCAUCCUCCUUAUCGCCGACCAGGCCAUCUCCCGGAUUGAGUACAUUCACUCCAGAGGUUUCCUCCAUCGAGACAUUAAACCAGACAACUUCUUGAUGGGGGCCGGUCGGCAGGGCAACAUACUCUAUACUAUCGAUUUCGGUCUCGCCAAGGAGUUCUCUGAUGCUGAGCGUUGUAAGGAUCUAGAAGGUGUCCCGGUAGGUGGGACGAUACGGUAUGCAAGUAUCAACAACUACAACCGCCGUGAUAUAUCUUCCUAUACUCUGAGGCAAGGCCUGAAAGCCAAGGACGAUGAGAAGGCGGCACUGAUCAAGAAGAUGAAGGAGAGCCUGUCUGGCAGAGAGCUUUGCGAUGCUAUCCUUCCCGAAGAGUUCGCGACGUAUAUCGACUAUACCCGUCACCUGCCUUUCGAUGACAAGCCGAACUACGCCUACCUCCGUGGGCUUUUCCGUCGUCGAUUUUCAGUGGAAGGGUUCAGACACGACAACGUCUUCGACUGGACAAAGAAGAUGUUCGACGAGGAAACACCUACGGAGGAGAGGUCGGGGAUCUUCAAAUCCGAGAGGAAGAUUAAAGGCUAA